AUGGUGCUUUUAGUUUUGGUUAAGAGUCAGUUUAUGAAUAUUUGGGUUGAAGAAUCAACAUUCAAGAUUUUGAUUAGGGCACUCUGUAGAAAUGGAAAAGGAAAUAAUGCUGUUGAUUUGUUGAAUUUAAUGGUGGAUAGUGGGUUUGAUCUUGAUAGAAAGAUUUGUUCUUUGAUAUUAUGUACCAUGUGUGCGCAAAAGGAGUGUGAGGGGGUCGAGAUUUUGGAUGUUUUGGAUAAAAUGAGGGAAUUAGGAUACAGUCCAAAAAGGGUGGAUUUAUGCAAUGUGAUUAGGUUUUAUGUGAAAAAUCGAAAAGGGGUUGAAGCUUUGGAGGUGUUAAGUAAGUUGAAGAUGAGUGGAAUGGUGCCUGAUAUUGUAUGUUACAAUUUGGUUUUGAAUGGAUUGCUUUUGGAAGGGGAGUAUGAAAGUGCAGAUGAAGUGUUUGAUGAAAUGCUUGUACUAGGUCUAGUUCCUGAUAUUGUAACUUAUAAUGUGUAUAUUAAUGGUUUGUGUAAGCAGAAUAAAGUGGAUGAGGCAGUAAGAAUGCUUGGUUGUAUGGAGGAACUGGGGUGUAAACCUGAAAUGAACACUUAUUAUACUAUAUUGGAGGAUUUGUGUAGGAGAGGAAUGUUGUCCUCUGCAAAAGAAGUUUGUGGGAAUAUGAAACUAAAGGGUUUGCAACUGAAUUCACUGAUAUAUGACAUUUUAGUUAACUGCAUGAUUAGAGAGGGUGAAGUUGAGGAAGCCUGUGAUGUGCUAGGUGAAAUGGUAGGCAGGGGCUUCGUUCCUCAGUCGAUUACAUUUGAUGGAUUAGUGCAUCUUCUGUGCCAGAGGGGUCUGUUUUCUGAGGCGAUGGAGUUGCUUAACGAAAUGGUCGUCAAAAGCAUCGUUCCUGGAAUUAGAUCAUGGGAAGCAUUAGUUCACUGUCUUUCACAAACACAAAAUUUUGAUGGGUUUAUUCAAGUUUCUCAAUCGGUCCUUUUUGGUGAGGAGGAAUAG